UCCUACACCUUACUUUUCAUACCCAACGACCUUUGACGCCAUAUUGUUCUUUCUAACCCGCCAAGAUGGACUUCAACGAUCCCAAAAACACAAAGUCUUAUUCUGAUGCACUGAAGGUCGAUCCUAAUUCUAUUAUUGCGAGUUCAAUUGAUACAGCUCCCGUCACUGUUGAACGAAAGCCAUAUCAGCCGGGGAUUGACAAGCCCAAACUGGCCCAUGCAGGAGUUGCGAGAACCAAUCUUGCUGCUACCCAUGAGCGUCCAAAGGGAACGACUGAUGAUGACUGGGCUCAUCGACAUCGCCAUCAGACUGUCUUGCAGCAACAUUGCGACUUCUUUGACAAGGACCACGAUGGCGUGAUAUGGCCAAUCGACACUUACAGAGGUUUCUGCCAACUAGGCUACGGAAUCAUCCUAUCUCUCAUUGCGGUAUUGGUGAUUCACGGGAACUUCUCAUAUCCAACGCAGUCCUCGCUGCUCCCUGAUCCUUUCUUCCGGAUUUACAUCGACAAUAUCCACAAGGAUAAGCACGGUAGCGAUACUGGAACCUAUGACACAGAAGGACGCUUCAUCCCUCAGAAGUUUGAGGAUAUGUUCUCCAAGUAUGCGGAUGGACGGGACUACUUGACGAUAUGGGACGUGAGUAGGUUGAUGAAGGGGCAGAGGUUAAUCGCUGAUCCGGUCGGAUGGUGCGGUGCCUUCUUCGAGUGUAAGAGAUAACUAUUUGCAUUGUUUUGUAGCUAUGUUAUGUAAUAUGUUAUGUUAUGUUAUGUAUAUUUUUCGUCCGGGGGGCCGUAGGCCCCGAAAGUCUCCUAAUGGAGCACAGGACGUGCUGAGCUAGAGAAAUUGGGACCUAUCUACACACUAAUUACAGAAUACUAUGACUUCCUCUCGAAUUCCAAUUCU